AUGACAGCCACGGUGGCUUUCCUGCUCCUGAGCCUUCUGAGGAUGGCGGCUCCCAAGGGAGUGUGGUGCCCAGCCUGUGGGCUGGCGGCCCUGGCCCCCACCACGCAGCGGGACGUCCUCAUCGCGCUGGCAAAGCAGAGCAUCCUCUCUAAGCUCCGCUUGCCAGACAGGCCCAACAUCACUCAGCCCACGUCCAGGGGGGCCCUGCUGACCGCGCUCCGCAGGAUGCGUGCGCAGCACAUGGACACGGCCGUCUCCCCAGGGAUGCCCCAUGAUGGCAGCAUCCCACACCUGCGUCCUGGGAUGGGUGUGCAGGAAUAUGAGAUCUUGAGCUUUGCCGAGUCAGGGUCCUCCACCUCCCGCAGCAUUCGCCUGCAUUUCCACUUCACACGGGAGCUGGCUGGGAGCACCGAGAUCCUGCAAGCCACCCUCUACCUGUUCUGGGCAGCCCCCGGCCCCAGGACACAUCCUGUCACCAUCAGACUCUUGCAGCCAGACCUGACGGGGCUGAACAUGACCGUGGCCAGUGAGACACGGCUGGAGGUGCAGAGGGCUGGCUGGGCCACGCUGGACGUGGGCCAAGCUGUCCAGAGCCUCUUCAGCCAAGGGAGCCAGAGGCUCACUGUGGAGCUGGAGGUGGCAGAGGACUGGGGGUCUCCCCUCCUGGCUGGACACAGUGAUUCCCACUGGCCAUUUGUUGCAGCCCAGGCCCGGGCCAGGACGCCCCACCGGGUCCAGCGGCGCGGCAUUGAUUGCAGUGGGGACUCUCGGAUGUGCUGUCGCAAGGAAUUCUUCGUGGACUUCAAGGAGAUUGGCUGGGAGGACUGGAUCAUCCAGCCAGAGGGAUAUCACAUGAACUACUGCGCCGGGCUCUGCCCCCUGCACAUGGCUGGCAUCCCUGGCCUCGCUGCCUCCUUCCACACAGCUGUCCUCAACCUCAUCAAAGCCAACAACGCGGACGCAGCUGUGGACUCCUGCUGCGUGCCCACGCAGCGUCGCCCUCUCUCUCUGCUCUACUAUGACCGGGACAGCAACAUUGUUAAGACCGACAUCCCCGACAUGAUUGUCGAUGCCUGUGAGCUUACGUCUCCCUCUGGCUUGGGGCUGCAGUUCCAGUUCAGCCGUACACAAGACCAGGAUGUUCACAUCCUGCAGGCUCAGCUUUGGCUCUACCUUCGAGUUCCCCGAGACCUGGUAGCCAGCCUCACCCUGAGAAUCUUCCUUGCUGGUGGGGAAGGUGAUUUGGUGGGGGGCAAUCGCACGUUGCUGAGUGAGAGGCGACUGAGUGCGAAGGGCAGCGGCUGGCAUGCCUUCACCCUCAUGCCUGCCCUGCAGAGUUUCUUUGGGGGAGAGCGCAGGACCCUGUGGCUGGAACUGGAAAGCCGCAGGGACGGGGGGGGUAUCAUGGCAAUAGUCAAUGCCAGCCGGUCCCACCAGCCCUUCUUGGUGGCCGAGGCAAAGGUGCGGGAGCCGGGACAUCACGUGGCCAAGCGCAGCCUCCGCUGCAGCCAGAACUCCAACCUCUGCUGCCGCAAGGACUACUACGUGGAUUUCCGUGACAUUGGUUGGAACGACUGGAUCAUUAAGCCUGAGGGCUACCAGAUAAACUACUGUGUGGGCCAGUGCCCUCUACAUGUGGCAGGCAGCCCUGGGAUGGCCUCUUCUUUCCACACAGCUGUCUUCAACCUCGUCAAAGCUAACAACAUCCAGGCAUCAGGGCACUCUUGCUGUGUGCCCACGCGACGCCGGCCCCUCUCUGUCCUCUACUUUGAUCGCAAUAGCAACAUUGUCAAGACUGACAUCCCUGACAUGAUUGUUGAUGCCUGUGGCUGUAGCUAG